GAAGCAGAAGGCAUCAGCGGCGAGAUUCAGCAGCAAUGUAGAAUUUGUAGCCGAACAUGGCAGAAGUAUAACUCUUUCGUUAUUUGUGUAAUUUUAUAAAUGUGCCAAUGUACGAGCAAUAUGAGUUACGUUAAAAGUUAUUUUCCAAUUAGACAUGAUAAUUGUAUCAAGUUAGUGAUUCAAAGUGAUUUCCCGGAGUUAAGUGUACCGAGUUGAUUUUCAGGUCGGAUGCUCACUAGGGUAGCAACGAGAUGGAUGGCACUCGAGCGGCAGAGGUACUUCCUCUGCUACAAGAACGACUAGCAAUAUUACCGGGUGGACGCGAUCGUCGUGGCGGUCCUGUUCUCGUCUUUCCUACCACUCCGAGACGAGAACGUGCUAAACCAGAAGAUUAUCGUCGUCUGUUACAGUAUCUUCUAGCCAUUCCUAAUGACGAAGCAAGGGGACUUGGUUUCACCGUCGUCAUUGACAUGCGCGGAGCUACCUGGGGCACAGUGAAACCAAUUCUCAAGGUUCUACACGAACAUUUUCCCGGAUCAGUACAUGUUGCCUUUAUCAUAAAGCCUGACAACUUUUGGCAGAAACAAAGAACCUCGUUGGGCAGCCACAAAUACAAGUUUGAGACCAACAUGAUCAGCCUCGAAGCACUGAGCAAGGUGAUAGACCCGUCUCAGCUGACUGCCGAUUUGGAUGGAACGCUUCAGUAUGAUCACGCUCAAUGGAUCGACACUCGUCUCGCUGUAGAGGAUUUUACUUGGCAGGCCGCAGACUUGCUCGACAGAUUAGAUGAUCUGCAAGAGGAUCUGAGUCGCAAUGACUUUGCCGAUGAUGUUGGUGGUGCUAAACAUGGCAUCGAUCUUCACAAUGAAAUGAAGAAAAAAAUCAUGAAAGUACCUGUCGAAGAGGUUGAAGUAGUCGGACAACGUCUGCUUCAACGCUUCAACAGCGGAAUGAGUGGGACAGGCGGAGAAGGUGGCAGUAUCGAGGUUGGAGCCACUGGUGGAGCAGAUCCUGAUGGUCGUGCCCUGGCAGCACUAGUUAUCCAGCAUUUGGAUUCCGUUCACGCAGCGCAGCAACAUCUUCUGCAACUCUGGCACAUAAAGAAGAUGAAAUUAGAUCAGUGCUUUCAACUUCGUUUGUUCGAGCAAGAUUGUGAGAAAAUGUUCGAUUGGAUAUGCCACAACAGGGAAGAAUUUCUAAAAAAUUACGUGGAGAUUGGUCGAUCUUAUCAAGCAGCUAAAACAUUGCAAGAAAAUCACAAGCACGAUACUAUGAGUUCGAUGAACGUUUACGUUAAUAUUAAUAGAAUAUUAACAAUGGCUGGUAGACUUCUAGAAACUCAACAUUACGCGGCUGGUCACGUUCGUGCCGUUGCUGGAAGACUGGACAGAGCUUGGAAAGAAUUUGCGGCAGGACUUGACGAGCGUACCGCAGUUCUUGGUCUGAGCGUUGUCUUUCAUCAUAAGGCAGAGCAAUACGUUGACAGCGUUGCCGGAUGGAGUCAAGCUUGCGAUGCAACAAAUCUACCCAGUGAAAUUGCAGUUCUUGAAUCUCACAUCAGACAACAUCAAACUCUCUACGAAGCUAUGUGUCAGGCUUACACUGAGGUAUACAACGCGUAUCAAGCGCUUUUGAGCGGGCUGGGCUCAAUGCUCCACGUUUGCCAUAGCGCAAGUACAACCAGCAGCACUGGGGUGGAUGAAUUUCACGUCAAUUAUAGUCAAGAAGGGCACGUUAUGGAUGGCCGAGGCGGUAUGAGUGGAAACCCAGCUGAAGAUUACAGUGCAGGUGCAUCUCAUGUCCUAGCUGUCAUACAUCAGAUCCUUGGUCAUCACAGAGCCUUGGAGGCUCGAUGGCAUUCCCGCAAAGUCAAGUUGCACCAGCGACUUGCUUUGAGAUUAUUUCAAGAAGAUGUGAAGCAGGUUUUGGACUGGUUAACAAAUCAUGGUGAAGUUUUCAUUAGAAAAAAUACGGGAGUUGGUAGAAAUCUGCAAAAAGCUAGAGUGUACCAAAAGAGUCACGAACACUUUGAAAAUGUCGCACAGAAUACUUAUACAAAUGCCACCAAGCUAUUAACAGCAGCCGAGGAACUUGCACACACUGGAGAAUGUGCAGCGGAUGAAAUUUAUGCCGUAGCUCAGGAACUAGAGGCGCAUGUGAGCAGUUUUGCAGCCAGGGUAGAACAGAGACGUCGCCGACUUGAUUUGGCAGUUGUUUUUUAUACUCACGAAAAAGAGCUCUCCGGAUGGGUAGAUGAAUUACGGCAAGAACUUCAGCAAGAUGAGGUAGCAGAGAGUCUUGAAACAGCGGAAAGGCUAUUGGACCAAUGUGCUCAACACAGAUCCUCUUGUCUCGAAGCUUGUGCCUCGACGAUUGCUCAGGGAGAAGCCCUUCUUCAAGAACUCAGAGAUUCUACUGACGCCCCAGACACGACGGGAUCGGUUUCUGCAGUUGAAGCAGCUUUGGAUCGUCUAUCAGGGCUUCGCCAGGAGCUCGAGGAACUUUGGGCAACCAGAAAAUUGAGAUUAGAACUGUGUCUGCGGUUGCGAGUUUUUGAAAGAGACGCAUUAGAAGCUAGCGGGCAACUGGAAAUGUGGGCCCAAGAGCUGCAAGGCCCUCCUCGGGAGGGGUCUCCGGAACAAUUGUUGCGUGUACACAACGACGGCGUUGCGCAUAUGCAAAACACCGCUUUUCAAGUUCUGCAACAGGGUCAGGAGCUCGCCCAGGUUCUUGAGCAAGCUGGCGUAUGUGUCAUGGCAGAUGGACAACACAGUGCUGCAGCCAGGGUUCAAGUACUUUUAGAAUUUUUGAACGAGCGAGAAAUGGAUGCGGAAGAUCUCGCAGAGAUGCGUCGGGUUCGUUUAGAACAGGCAGCUCAACUUGUUCAACUUCAAGCGGAUGCAACCCAUGUUGCUAAUUGGAUUCGCAACGGAGAAGCUAUGCUUCUGGCCUCUCUCAGGGUACCAGAAAAUCUACAGGAUGCCGAACAACUCAGACUAGAACACGAGCAGUUCCAAGUUGCUAUUGAGAAGACUCACACAUCCGCUGUGCAGGUAAAACACAGAGCCGAUGCAUUGGUAAGCGCAAACCACUAUGAUCCAAAGAGUAUACGAGAUGUAGCAGAAGAUGUAACGAAAAGAUGGCAGCAGUUGGUUACGUGCGCCGAGGAAAGACACAAGCUCGUCACAGCCAGUAUAAACUUUUACAAAACAGCCGAACAAGUUCGAUCGGUCCUUGACAGUUUGGAGAGAGAAUAUAGACGAGACGAAGAUUGGUGCGCUAGCGGGGAUAAAGGAGGACAAGUUCCUACUUUGGUUGGCAAACAUCAGGAGCAGAAAGAAGCAUUUCUUAAAGCUUGCACUUUGGUCCGUCGUACUGCAGAAACUUUCCUCAAAUACACCAAUCGGAGUUUACAAUUUUAUAGCUACCAGACAAGCAGUGCCGGCUCUGAGGGAAAAGUUAAAAGUAUUCUGGAAGAGCUACUGAGCAAGGAGAAUAAAGUUCUGGAGCACUGGACACAACGGAAGAAGCGCCUUGAUCAGUGCCACCAAUACAUCUUGUUUGAACGCAGUGCAAAGCAGGCUCUAGAAUGGAUUCGGGAAACUGGAGAACUCUAUCUCGCUACGCACACAAAUGUUGGAAAAAAUCGCGCGGAAAAUGAACAGCUACUACAAGAACACAAUGAAUUUAAAGGAGCUGCAAAGGAAACUCGAGAGAGAGUUAAACUGCUUAUUCAGCUAGCUGACAAUCUCGUUGAAAAAGGACAUGCUCAUGCCGCUGCGAUUAAGCAAUCUGUCGCUGAGGUGGAUCAGCGCUACAAGGACUUUAGUUUGCGGAUGGAUUGUUACAAAACCCAAAUCGAGGGAGAUCUGGGAAUUCAAUCCGAUGAUGGUCACAAAGAUCUGGCUAUUGAUAGAAACUCGGAUCCUCUUUUGGAAGAAAAAAUUAAAGGAAAAGACUUGAAAGAGCUAAAUGAAGAGAAGAGACGAUCCGCUCGGCGAAAAGAGUUCAUCAUGGCCGAACUCUUACAAACCGAGCGGACCUAUGUUAAAGAUUUGGAAACAUGCAUUCGAUGCUUCUUUGAGGAAACGAGAAGCGGACGAGGCAACGUUCCCGCCGGACUACAGGGAAGAGAAUCAAUGAUAUUCAGUAACAUGGAAGAAAUUUACCAAUUCCACAGCGAUAUAUUCUUGCGUGAAUUAGAAAAAUAUGAAACUAUGCCAGAGGAUGUUGGUCACUGUUUUGUUACCUGGGCUGCGAAAUUCGAUAUGUAUGUUACGUAUUGUAAAAACAAGCCAGAGAGCAAUCAACUACUAGUCGCACACGGAGGAACGUGGUUUGAAGAUUUACAGCGAAAGCACAGAGUCGAACAUCCCAUCGCUGCAUAUCUAAUAAAACCUGUUCAAAGGAUCACAAAGUACCAACUACUCUUGAAAGAUCUUCAGGCUUGCUGCCAGGAAGGUCAGGGUGAAAUAAAAGAUGGUUUAGAAGUAAUGCUAAACGUGCCUAAAAAAGCAAAUGAUGCUUUACAUUUGAGUCUUCUGGAGGGCUGCGACGUCAGAAUAGAUACACUAGGAGACGUAGUGCUUCAGGAUUCUUUCACAGUUUGGGAUCCUAAACAGCUGAUUAGAAAGGGUCGAGAUCGGCACAUAUUCCUUUUUGAAUUGUACCUCCUGUUCAGUAAAGAGGUCAAAGAUUCAGCUGGAAAGGUCAAGUACAUCUACAAGAGUCGACUGAUGACUUCUGAGCUGGGAGUAACCGAGCACAUCGAGGGUGACGAGUGCAAGUUUGCAGUGUGGACAGGACGGGCGCCGACCAGCGACACUCGGGUUGUCCUGAGGGCCAACUCCUUGGAGGCGAAACAGUUGUGGGUGAAGAGGCUACGCGAGGUCAUUCAGGAGACCUACUUCAGUUUAAGCAUGCCCAAGAGUCCUGCGAAGAAGAGUUCCAGUCAGCGAUCUAGCAGAGACCUCGAGGAGUGUGCAUCCCUGGACGAUAGCGUUGAAAAUCUCGAUCGUAACUCCCUCGCGUCGUUUGGAUCCACAAAUACGACAGAUUCCGAUAAGACUGGAGUCGCGGAAAUGACGUGGGUGGUCGCUGACCAUUCGGCGGCACCGGGAUCCAGGGAGCUGACCGUUUCUAAGGGGCAACAGGUCGAGGUUCUCGAAAACGGAACCGGCGAAUGGACUUUGGUGAGACUAUCGGUAGCUUCUGGACAAUCGGAUUCUCCUCUCGAGGGUCUCGUUCCCACCGCCGUUCUAAAGCAGCCGCCUACGACAGCCUGCAAAACUUCACCUUCCAGGAAGCCUCCGUCACAAUCGACGAUUCCUGUUGCUCAGCAAUCAAUUAACGCCGAAGACAGCGAAGUGGGAACCAGCGACGGAGGCGCUUCUGCAAGUACAAGCUCACCGGGGAACAAACGGCGAGUUUUCAGUGGAAGAAAAUGGCUGCCGCCACCGCUACGUAAGUUGAGUCAAGGGAAGGUAGAAAAGUCAUCGGCAUCGACGUCGGACAGGCUGCCGCCUCUGAAGAAAACUGGAUCAGACAAACGGUUCAAAUUACCGAGCGGUGACAAAUCCGGUAGGGCGGCGUCAGAGGGCGAAGAGGAAGAAGACGUCGAGGGCGAAGACGGCGAGACGCCGGCUUUCCUAGAACAAAACGGGGGCGAGGAUGGGGAGGAUGACCUCGAGCUUCCACCACCGAUGAAACCGAUAACAGAGCCAAUUGUCGUCGUAACGGGAAACGGACCAUCCGGUUCAACGAUCCCCGACGAAUUGUCCGGAAAAAGAGGUUCAGAAAAUUCCAUGAGUAGUUUGGACGGUGCUACGUCUGUUGAUCUUGCAGAGAUUGAACAGAUUGUUAAAGAAAGAAUGGAACAACACACGGAAAACCAGGAGAGGAAUAGUUUGCAGCGAGUGCCUAGUAAAGCAACGGGCAGCGAAGAUGCGGUCAGCCUCGGUAUAUCAGCAGCCGAAGAGACAGAUCCAGAAAGCGCAGCAAUCAUUAAGAGACAGUUCGUUAUCAGUGAGUUAGUUGAAACUGAAAGACUAUACGUCAGUGAUUUAAAGCAGAUUGUUGAGGGAUACAUGGCGCUCAUGAGAGAUCCUGACAGCGAAAUUCCUCUACCUGAAGAUCUGCGUGGCGGAAAAGACAAAAUGCUGUUUGGCAAUAUAGAAGCAAUUUACGAGUGGCACAGGGAUUUUUUCCUCAAAGCAUUGGAGCAUUGUCUGGAGAGACCACAAGAUUUGGGUCCACUGUUCAAAAAGUAUGAAAGGAAGUUGCAUAUGUAUGUUGUCUAUUGUCAAAAUAAGCCAGUUUCCGAGUAUAUUGUGUCUGAACACAUCGACACAUACUUUGAGGAAUUGCGACAAAAGUUGGGUCACAGGCUUCAGUUAUGUGACUUACUUAUAAAGCCUGUACAGCGAAUAAUGAAGUAUCAAUUGCUGCUGCGUGAGGCACUAAGAUUAACAGAAAAGACGCAAAAUCAUUCAGAGAUAGAAGGUCUUCGAGCGGCAGCACAUGUUAUGCACAUCAUUCCCAAAGCAGCCAAUGACAUGAUGGACGUAGGAAGGUUACAGGGCUUUGAUGGUAAAAUUACUGCCCAGGGAAAACUACUACUUCAUGGCCCGCUAUUAGUUUCUGAAAUAGGAAAUGUACCUGUACGCGGAAGAGAAUGGCAGGUUUUUCUAUUUGAGCAGAAUAUUAUAUUUAGCGAAGCUGUUGGAAAGAAAACCCAGUUCACCAAUCCCGCUUACAUAUACAAAGCUCAUAUACAGGUGAACAAAAUGAGUCUCGAUGACUUGGGAGAUGACCCUGAAAGGUUUGUGAUUCGUUCGACGGAUCCGCGUAAGCCUGGCUUGGGAUUCUCGUGUGCAGCAGUGGAUGAGAAUGAGGCGCGAAAACAGGAAUGGGUGGAUACGAUAACAGCGAUCCUGCAAACACAGCGCGACUUCCUAAAGGCAAUACAGUCCCCAAUUGCCUACCAAAAGGAACUUACCAAAGACCCACUCCGUGGCUCGACACCGGAACCAGUCAUUCAAGCAGCCAUGUCAGUUCCCCCAAUGCUGACAGUAUCUGGAGCAGCAAACAAGGAAAGAAGCAAUCAACGUAAAACGCAGCUGAUUCAGCGGUCACACACUGCAGGUGGCUUAGAUGGUGAUGCGCCGCCUCCUCGGACACCCAGCCCUACUAAGAGUAGACUUAACUUCUUAGAAGGGUUCAGGAACACUCUGCGAGCACGUUCGCCAGUUCGCAACAACUCAAUUCCGCACGAUGGGUGGUGGUUCUACUGUACAUCCUACUGUUGGGUGGCUCCAGGUGCUCGCGUACGAUUAGCCGCUGACUGGGUUAAACUACACGCUGGAGACGAACUGGUCGUAUCUCAUUUGGAUGGACCAGGGCUAGUCGUUUCUCCUAUUGACGCAAAGGAAGAAUUGUGGAUUCCAGCAAGUUUUAUUCCCAACUCAUCAAUCAACAGAGCAUGGUCGUUUCGCCCGAGGAAAAUAGACCCAGAUCAAGCAGUGUCUAGUCCUCAGAAGGGGCUUGGAGAAAAAAUGCCACCAAAAGUACUAAGUGCUUCAACACCUGUUAAAGUCACUGCCGGCGAGGUAGCCAGACUUUCCAUAGAAGUUGCACGGGCCGAAGGUGCUACGGUUGUUUGGAGGAAGGAGGGAGAAUCUCAUGAUAUUGUACCGAGCGAACGCUAUAGGCUUCACCAUAAUUCGGGAUUUAUAUAUCUCGAAAUUUCUCGUUGUCGUCCAGUGGAUUCCGGUGUAUAUGUUUGUAGUAUACAGUGUGAUAAUGGUUCCUGUUCCACGAAAGUCUCACUCAAUGUAACAGGAGGAAAUGGAACAACGUGGGCACGUAUUUUGGGUACGACGAAGGUUGAAGUAGAUUGGGAGUGUCAUGAUACUGGGUCGUGUAACUUGGAAUACAGAACAAUACCAUCGUUAGAAUGGACCACUAUUAUAAAAGAAGUCAAAACGCCUCCGACUGUCCUGGAAUUACUACCUGGGACUUCCUACAGUUUUAGAAUAGUUGGAAAGACUGGAAACGCGACGUCACCUUCAGCUGUGAUAACAUUGCCCAUGGAUGAGGGAAUAAGCUGGGAAGCUGAGCAAUUCGUCGGACGAUAUCUGGAAUUGGAUGAGCUGGGAAAGGGGAGGUUUGCAGUUGUACGGCGCGCCAGAGACCGCGGUACUGGGCAUGAAGUUGCGCUUAAACAAACGCCACGUCACAAACAAUCUAGAUCAUUCACUCGUUCAGAGUACGAUUUAUUGGCAUCGACGCAUCACACAAACAUCGUUAGGGCAUUUGCUCUUUUUGAAAAUGCUCCACAGCCUGGAGUAGACACAAUCGUUCUUGAGUUAGUUCGAGGUCCGAUGCUGUUCACAUACCUAUGUGAGAAGAAAGAAUAUACGGAAGCAUCUGCCAGCAAAUAUGCCAGCCAAUUGCUUUCGGCUCUGGAUUGGUUACAUUCCCGGCACUUUGCUCAUCUCGAUGUGAAACCUGAAAAUGUUCUGGUCGACCAAGAAACAGAAAUCGUCAAGCUUGUUGACUUAGGUGAAGCUGUCCGAGGGCCUGUGGAGGAAGUAGUACCGCCUGCUGACUUGGAGUUUGCAGCACCUGAAUUAGUCCUCGGCAGACCUACUGGUCGUCACACGGAUAUGUGGGCAACUGGAGUAUUCAUUUAUGUAUUGCUAAGUGGCUUGUCACCUUUCCUGGAUGAUUCGGUCGAGGAAACGACAGCAAAUAUAUUAAAAUGUGAUUUCUGCUUUCCUGAUGAAUAUUUCGAGAAGGUUUCAAAUGAUGCAAAAGAUCUUCUCGGAAGAUUGCUGUGCCUGCAUGGAGAAGACCGUGUAUCUGCAGAGAAUUGCUUAGAAUCUCCGUGGUUUAAGAUUUCCAAAGGUGCUACGAUACCCUCAUCUCGAAUGGCAGCAUUCACAGAGCGUCGGGCACAUUGUUCCAAAUCACAUCAAGACCAUAACGAAACUUUUUAUUCUUAACAAUACAUAUUGGUCCAGAAUGUUAUAUCCUAUUAACAGUUUAUAAGGAAAUGCAGAAAGUGACAUGUAAAUAACAAAGAUAUAUUUAAAUUUGUAUACCUCGAA